UGGUUUUUGGUUGUUUAUUUCUUUUCUGGUUAGUGAAACGGCGGGAAGAAGUAUUUUCUUUUUUUUAUAAAAAAUAAAUCAAAUUCCCUCCGUAAUGACGAUAAAAAAUUUCAAUAUUGGCUUAUUGGGUCAUGUGGACUCGGGCAAAACUUCAUUGGCGAAAGUUUUAAGUGAGAUUUCCAGCACAGCGGCUUUUGACAAAUCCAAUCAAUCUCAAGAACGGGGUAUUACAUUGGAUUUAGGUUUUAGUGCCCUCAUCAUCGAUGCCCCACAGAGAAUCAAAGAGGAGAAUUCAAAUAUUGAAAAACUGCAGUUGACAUUUGUAGAUUGUCCGGGCCAUGCAAGUUUGAUUAGGACAAUUAUAGGAGGUGCCCAAAUUAUCGAUAUGAUGAUCUUGGUUAUCGAUGCCCAGAAAGGUAUACAAACCCAGACGGCUGAGUGCAUUGUAAUUGGAGAGCUUUUGAAAAGGAAACUAAUAGUUGUGGUGAAUAAGAUCGAUACCUUGGAGGCUGGUGGGAAACGCGAAUCGAGCCUUAAAAAACUUGACACUAAGUUGAGGAAGGCCCUUUCUGCCACAGUGUUUGGCGACAGUUUUCCCAUUUUCCAUGUUUCGGCUCUAAGUGGCGAGGGUAUUUCGGAAUUUUUACAAGGCAUUACAAGUAACGUCUUUCUUCCUCAACGUCAACGAGAUUUGCCAUUUUUAAUGUAUGUGGAUCAUUGUUUUUCCAUCAAGGGUCAAGGCACAAUCUGUACUGGAACUGUAAUUCAAGGAUGUGUCAGUGUUAACGAUUCCAUUGAUAUACCAAAAAUAAAAGAGCAACGUAAAAUCAAGUCAAUACAAAUGUUUCGUAGACCUGUGCAAACCGCCGAAAUGGGUGAUCGUAUUGGAAUCUGUGUUACCCAGUUCAGUGCCAAGGCCAUGGAACGUGGCAUUGUGUGUCAAACGGGUUAUAUGCAAUUAAUUUAUGCUGCUCUCAUCCAAUUCCAUCGCAUACAAUUCUAUAAAUUUGCCAUAAAAUCAAAAACAAAAUUACACAUAAGUGUUGGACAUGAGACGGUAAUGGCAAAUAUAACUCUGUUCAAAUCUAUGCAAAAGUCAACUACGACAUUUGAUGCUUCUCUGGAAUAUGAAUACAUUGAUGAGUUGGAUGCGGAUGGGAUAAAAGAAAAUGACGAUUUAAUUUUUUGUCUUUUGGAAUUUGAAACACCCAUUUACGCCACCAAAGAUUCACUGUUAAUUGCUUCCAAAUUGGAUUUGGACAUACACAGCAAUUGUUGUCGUUUGGCUUUCUGGGGCAACAUAGAAUGGUAUACGAAUUCAACGGACUAUCUCAAAGUGCAGCUGCCAUCAUGGAAGAUAUACAAGAGCAAGGAAAAACGUGGAAAUGUCCAGCGACUGGUUAACGAUCAUGAGAUUAUUGUCCAGAAUCUAUUUAAAAAGGAAUCAAAUCGUCAAAUAUACAUUGGAAAAAAGAUACAACUCUCAACGGGGGAACGGGGACAAAUCGAAAGCACCUUUGGUCAAACUUCUAAAGUGAAAAUAACAUUUGCCGAGAGUCUAAAGGAAGACACUGUGCGAAUGUUAAAAGAAGGAAAAUUUAAUGAUGUGACGGUUGUACUUAGAUAUAAGAAAUAUGUAUACAAUAAAAGUUUGGGUAUAAUCCAAUAAAAC